AGCGUAGUCCCGACAAACAUGAAUACCGUCUUUACACGUGACCGUUUUGACCGCGAGGGAACAAGCGUUUUAUGACCCCCACAAAACAUGGCGACUUUCACAAACCCGUCGCAACUUUUGCCACUAGAGUUAGUGGACAAAUGUAUUGGAUCAAGGAUACAUAUAAUUAUGAAGAACGACAAGGAGCUGGUAGGAAUACUGCUGGGUUUUGAUGACUAUGUCAACAUGGUAUUAGAAGAUGUAAUUGAGUUUGAAAGCACUCCAGAGGGAAGGCGAGUCACCAAGCUGGAUCAAAUCCUACUAAAUGGGAACAACAUUACCAUGCUUGUUCCAGGAGGUGAGGGGCCAGAGACUUGAAGGUUUGCUACAGGGUGAAACAGUGGAUUCUUCACCAUACCGUGUAUUGUAUACAAAAUCUGGCAUCAUCAUUUGUUCAUACUUCAUCAUGGAAACAUUGCAUUUGUUAGUCACUUAUCUGUUUUUGGGUAAAUCAUGUAAUAAAUAAACAUGUCAAAUUUUUUCUUCACUUUUAAUAUACGUCUUUUCUUUAAUUUAAGUUAAUUUGAUUGACAUUUAUUAGGCGUAUUUUACCUUAACCCUUGUAAAAUUUGUUACGCAAAGAAUGUUAACGUAUUAAGAAUGGAAAUAAUUGUGUUUAUACCUUAUUAUCCCCCGCCAUAGGCGAGUGGAAAUUGUUUUGGCGUUGUUCGUCCUUCUGUCUUUCCGUCCGUCCGUUCGGAGCCUUCAAUUGGAAGUGCUUUGGCGGAUUUCAUUGAAACUUGGUAUGAGUAUAUAUAUGGAUAAGAGAAUGAUGCACGCCAAAUGGCAUUGUACACCAUCUGUUAAUAACGGAGUUAUGGCCCUUUGUAUCUUGAAAAAUGCUUUUUGUGUGUGUCCGGAGCCAUAUCUUAGAAGUGCUUUGGGGGAUUUCAUUGAAACUUGGUAUGGGUAUGUAUAUCAAUAAGAGGAUGAUGCACGCCAAAUGGCAUUGUACACCAUCUGUUAAUAACGGAGUUAUGGUCCUUUGUAUCUUGAAAAAAUGCUUUUUUGAGUGUCAAAUAUAACACUUUUGUGUCCAGAAGCAUAUUGGCGGGGGAUAUAAAUUCAACGAAUUUGCUUGUUUAAAAUUCCUUUUGUGUAUGUAUUCUCAUAUAAAAGACAUUUCUGCAGGUGUAAAUACUUGUGUUUAAUUUAGUCUUCACUCCAUUUCAACUAACAUGCAGUAAAAUAAUUGCAAUAAAUCACAAAAUGGAAAAUUUUAA